AUGCAUCAGACCACACAGAUUAAAAUCAUGGAGCUGAACCCUCACCUCAUGUGUGCCCUCUAUGGGGGCUAUUUCAUCGAUACCACCACGAUUGUGGAAUGCUUACAUUCCUUUUGCAAAACCUUCAUCGUGCGCUACUUGGAGACCAACAAAUACUGCCCCAUGUGUGAUGUCCAGGUCCAUAAAACAGGGCCACUGCUGAGCAUCAGAUCAGACAAAACCUUUCAGGACAUUGUCUACAAGUUGGUGUCUGGGCUUUUUAAAGAUGUGAUGAAAGGGAGACGGAACUUCUACGCAGCAUACCCCCUGACAGAAGUCCCCAAUGGCUUCAACAAUGACCAUGUCGAAAUCCUGGAACAGGAGAAGAGGGCUCUGGGUGACAACGAGAUUGUCAGCUUGUCCAUUAAAUUAUACGAAGGCAUCAGGGACCGAGAGGUGAAGAAGAGCCUCGUGGAGAAUGGGGACGAAGACAAGGAGAAGACAGGGGUGCUGUUCCUGCGAUGCCCAGCAGUUAUGACCUUCAUGCACCUCGCCAAGUUCCUCCGCAACGAAAUGAAUGUGCCCAGCAAGUACAAGGUAGAGAUCCUCUAUGAAGACAAGCCCCUGAAGGAAUACUACACCUUAAUGGACAUAGCCUACAUCUACCCGUGGCAGAGGAAUGGGCCUCUCCCGCUCAAGUACCGUGUCCAGCCAGCCUGCAAGAGGCUCACCCUACCCACAGUGCCAACUCCCUCAGAAGGCACCAACACCAGCGGGGCCUCCGAUCAGGCUCCCAGCCCUGCCACACUUCGGGCCACCUCCUCCUCCUUGUCCAGCCCUGGGACCCCAUCCCAUGGCUCUCCCAGCUCCCACAGCCCCGCAGCCACCCAUCCUACCUCCUCCACUCCACCUUCAACUGCUGCUGUGACCACCACAGCUACCAAUGGGGGAACUUCGAACUGCCUGCAGAUGCCAUCCUCUACCAGCAGGGGGCGCAAGAUGACUGUUAAUGGAGCUCCUUGUCCCCCUUAA